AUGGACGCCCGUGAAGAGCGUCGAGACCGUUCUAGAAGCAAUUCAUCCGCUUCAUCCGGGAGACCAGGAGCAUAUGACAGCCCUCCUAGAUCUCAUGUUAAUAGUGAAGAUGAAGCAGAAAACUAUCGAGACGACGGUGAAUAUGAUUCAGAUGGAGACACUGAGGUAGAGGACAAUGGAGAGCCCGAUGGUAACAUUGUGAACAGAUGGGCAGUGUUCAAUGCUAUGCCAGUCAGACGUCAGGAGGAUAGCAAUCCUCGGAUUAAUAGAUCUGCCAGUCAAGAACGUUUGAAUGAUAAACUAAUGAUAAGGCAUCUGCGAGAAGAAAUUCGUAAAACGAAGCGACGAUUGGACUCUGCUUACUUAGACUUGGAGGAAUCUGAAUAUUAUUACCGUCGCGAAAAGGAAGCUAAACUAGAUUUGGAGAGAAGAGUCAGAAGUUUGGAAAAGGAGAAACAGGAGUAUGAGUUAGACUUCAGUAGCAUGAAUUGCGAGUUGACGAUGGCAGAAGCAGAUAACAAGUUCCUAACACACGAGAAUGAAAUGCUUUCUGAUCUCGCCCAACAAUAUUUCCAUUCCAAGGAACAGCAAAUUAAAUAUAAGGAUAGAGCAAAACGUCAGUUACGAAAAAGGAAGAAGGAGUGCAAAGAUUUGGAAACGGAAAUAAGUCAAAUUGCAAACGCAGAUGAAUAUAGGCGUACAAUUGAAUAUGAACGAAAUAGAGCUGACGGCUAUCAAAAUUUAAUGCAACAUAUACAUUUAAUGUAUCAGAACGAUGAGCAACUCAGAAGAGAACAAGAUCCUUCACCACUGCGUAGCUGUGAAAUAUGUCUUCAGAAAUAUAUGGCUGUUGGCCGAGCAGUUCCACGCAUUUUAGUGAAAUGUGGUCAUACUCUUUGCCAUAAAUGUGUGGAGAGUCUCAGGCCACAAGAACCAGAAGGUGUCAGAUGUCCGUUUUGUCGAACUCUCACUAAAAUAUCCAGAAGAAAAGGCAUUGAAAGCCUUCCUAAAAACUUUACACUUGUCUCAUAG